CCCGUGGGCUGACCCUUGCGCGGCUGUUACCGGAGGCGUGCUCUGGUGUGGGAGGCUUUGUUGCAGUUCCAUUGCUGGCUCUGGGGCGGAUUUACAGCAGUUAGAGGGAGGCUGUACAAAUGUGCCCUGUACCUUGUUGUUGUUUGUGGUGUUGCUGGGAUACGACGUGAAUCCAAUGUCAUGAUAAUGUUUUGACAACAUAAUGUUCAGAUGCAGCAUGUGUGUUCUGUAGCAUGAUGAAUUUUGGAAGCUAUGUGCCUUUCACUGUCUGACUUGUGAUUCUUUUCUUACAGAAGGCCCCAAAUCAUGUGGUAGAUUUGGCCUAAUUUAGCCAAAGCUAUAUUGCAUUUAAAUUUGGGUUCCAUCUCUUGACAAGACAAUGGCUUAUCAGAAGCUUGAUUGUUUUAAAAGAACCAUCGAUAUGGAAGAUGCUAAGUUCAGUGAUAGUGGUGAAGAAGAGCAGAAAACUCUUUUACCAUUUCUGGAACAGGAAGAAAAAGAAGACAGAGCCAGUCAGUUCUCUAAUAUGAAAGACCACCAGGAAGAACACAAACUUGAAGAGUCAGGUGAUGGUGGCAAGAUGGGAAACAAGGACCCUUCUAAAGGAGCUGGAGAUGAGUCUGAUUCUAGCAUGGAAAACUUGGAACAGUAUUUGGACAACAUUGAUAAUGUUCAGAAUAUGAAGUACGCAGAUAGAAUUCAUAUAUUAACCCAAUGCGGGAACCUAAAACAGCUGAAUGACAUAGCCAAAGAAAAGGAACAUGCGGUACAAAAAAACAGAUAUGAGGUAUGGACAGUAGAAGCUGAGCAGGGAAAAUCUGGAAGCUUCCAUAAGCAACUUGAAAAAGAUGAAGAGAAGCUGGAGAUGCAAUAUGAAAAACAAGCAGAAUUGCGGAUUUGGAGGGAAAAAAUAGCUGCUCUGCAAGCAGAACAAAAUCAACAGGCUAGAGAAAAAUAUGAUCACGUUCAUCCAAAUUUGCUGGAGGGCAAGAGGAUUCCAGUUCAUCAAUUUUCUGUAGAUCUUGUGAAAAUGAGCGCUCAGAGAAGAGAGAACAGACUAAUGUCCCCUUUUCAGGACAUACUGAUAACAGCCCCGUGCCUCGUAGGCCUUAGAUCAUGGAUUCCAAGCAGAAGAGCAGUGUUAGAAUCAAGAUUUCAUUACUGCAGCUCUCUGCCUGUGUUUCGUAGAAGAGAAGAGGAAGCCCAGAAAGAAUAUGAAAAAAAGCGUAAAGAAAUGCUUGAAGAUGUCCAAAGGAACCAUGGAAAAGCAGUCCACUUCCUGAGAAAAACCAUGACAAGAAUUCAUGAGGAGAAUGCAAAAGAAGAACUGAAGACUCAAGAGCAUAUGGAGAGAAGGAUGCAAGCUGUGCUUUCCCUGAAAAACAGCAUAACUUCCAACAGGGAAAACCUCCGAGCUCUCCAGAUAGGGAAAAAAACAAGGAGGGCCUUUGAGGCAAAAAAACAGAUGAAAAUGAGGGAGGCUCUCCUAGCAGAAGGAGGCAAUGUUGCCAAGGAACUUUUUCUACAUAAACGACUGCUAGAGUAUGAAAAAGAGAAACAAGCUUUUAGAGAACAGCAAAAAUCUAGAAGAAUUGAAAUUGUAGCUCAAAUUUUGCAAGAAAAUGUUUAUUUUCACAAGCAGAAAAAUAGUCAAUCCUGGACUAAGGAAGUUAAGAGGGGUGGUAAACUUGAGGAUUCUUUACUGUGGAGGAUGAAAACAUGGGAAUAUAUUGAGAAGACCUGCAAAUAUUCAGCUGCAGCAAUGCCACAGUCAUGGUGCUCUCCAUCAACUUGCUCCUCAGCUGAUGAGAGAAAUACUUCUUUAUGUGAAUUUUCCCAUAAAGUAUGUCAUGAUGUGUUCUGUGAAAGGCAAGAGGAUGAGAAGGAGGGGGACAAGCCUCAAGCUGAACCAGAAUUCCCAGGACUUUGGAAUCGAGAAAGUGACUUGCACAAGAUACCCAAAGAAGAAACAGAAUCAAAGCAGUUGGCUGCAAGGAUAUUGAAAAAAGAGAUUUUCAAGAAAAAAACAGGAAAACUCCGAACUGGAAUUAUUCACAAGCAAAUAGCGUCUGGUCAUGAAUGUGAGGGAUGCCCUUUUUAUAGUAAACCAAAUCUCAUUCAUUUCAAGGAUUUUGAUGUUGGUAAAAUCUACAAAAAGAAGAUAGUUUUGACAAAUGCAUCCUAUGGUGUUAACUUCUGCAGACUAGUAGGAAUCAGUGAAUGGCUCAAGGACUUCAUCAGUAUUCAUUUUGACCCACCUGGUCAAAUGGCUGCUGGAAUGUCCUGUGAAGUAGGGGUAACAUUUAAGCCAGUGAUAAAUGAAACUCUGGAAGGAGAAAUCACAUUUAUGGCACAGACAGGUUCUUUUUCUGUUCCAUUGAAAUGCACAAACAAGAAAUGCAUUCUGGCACUAGAUAAAGAGCUCAUUGACUUUGGCACUCAUGUUGUGGGGGAGAGAAUUUCACGGACUGUCACACUGACAAACUGUGGAGCUUUGGGAACAAGAUUCAAGGUUCAGAUGUCAGCAGGUGACAGUAGUGUAAGCAGAGCAAUAGCAAAAUCUUCUCCUGGAAGAAUGAUUAGUCAACAGUUCAGUGACUCUGUCUCUGAAGAGAAAGUCAGUAAUUGUCCUGUGAAAUCUGUGCUUGAGAAAAAGGAUCAAACUUGUCAUGACCGUAGUGAAGAAAUGACUCAUUGUGCACCUCAGGUGGAGCAGCAGAGCACAGAGACAAGCCUGAGCAGUAGCUCUACAGAACAGCUUAGUCGAGAUGCAUUGAACUCCAAAUCAGAUCUAGAAGCAGAUGAUGCAGAGAACUUAGUGGAACCCUCUCCUGAAGAAACACCAAUUGAAAUUAUGCUGGGCAAGGUUACUGAAGGUGAAAUUGGACCCUUCAACUCAGUCAAACUUCAGAUUAUUUUUAUCCCAGCUGUCCCUGGGGAUGUAAGGGCAGAGUUUGUGAUUAUGUUUGACAACUCACCCUGCAAACCACUGUACUUUAGUGCCGUUGGAGUUUCUAUUGAUGUGCCAGUUUGGGUGCCCAAUCCAAACAUCGAUUUAAAGAUCUGUAUGUAUGACCGACUUUAUCAGGAUUGCAUUGUCAUUCAAAGCAGAGCAAAAGCUGCACUGCGUUUGAAGUUUGAAGUAUGCAAAGAAUUGAGUAAGCAUAUGGAUCUUCUUCCAAAAACAGGUUACAUUCAAGCUCAGUCAUCCUUCAGUGUGCAGCUGAAGUUUCUGCCCAGGCACUCUCUUCCUGAAGAUGCAGGGAGCUAUUUUGAUGAGGAGACGAGAGUUCUGGAAGUUCCAAUGACAAUACUGAUUGCAGAUAAGACUAAACCUGUUAAUUUUACUGUCCAUGCAAUUGUUACUACUUCUGAUUUGGAAAUUAGUCCAGCAGAAAUAAAUUUUGGAUACUGCACAAUCUAUGAAGCUGUGCAGACAAAUGUCACACUAACAAACAAAUCCAUCUUGCCACAAGAGUUUGGAUUUGUGGGACUUCCAGAGUUUGUUGAAGUUCAGCCCAAUGAUGGACUGGGAAUUCUUCUUCCCCUGGAAAGCCUGACAUUGGACAUAAUCUUUAAAGCCAACAAGGCAAAAGAAUACGACUUUAAACUAACCUGCAAGUCAGAGAUUAAUAGACAAUUCAAGCUGUCAUGCAAAGCAGUUGGAGUCCACCCACCUCUUGAAUUGUCUCAUUCCUUAGUUCAGUUUGCUGCAACAGCUUUAAAUGGUGUAUCUACAGCAACACUGUAUGUGAUAAAUUCCCAUGUAAGUGUCAACCACUGUAGUCAUGCUGUCCCAAGAAUUGGCAAUGGGGAAAUUGCCCACGUUGGACCCACGUCCUUUGAAUUCCAUGUGCCUGAAGACUGUCCUGUGACAAUUACGCCUUCUGUUGGGACUGUUUUACCUGGGAAGAAAAGCUUGAUUCAAGUGUCCUUCAGACCAACAUUGUCAGAUCAGCUAAUCAGAGAAGAGGCAAUUGGGCUUUGCAGAGCAGCUGUGACAAGGGCAGAAAUACAAACAAAGAAGAAAGAUGAGAAGAGAGAAAUGAAGAAGUUAAGCAUUUCCUUUAUCAGACAGCAGUCCUCCAGACAGCUUGCAAGAGACGGAGGCAGUAAAAAUCUGACUUCUGUAUAUAGUUCUGAACAACCAAAAUCCAAAGAGAUAAAACCUAAUUCUGAAGCUUAUAUGGCAGCCCAUAUUUUCCUGAUGAGGAAUUUCAGAGGGAGGUUUGAAAGAUACAUCAUACCCUGCUUUGUUGCAAGUGGAGAUACUGAUGGAAAGAGAAACUCUGAAGAUCUAAGCUGCAGCCCUUAUAAUACCUUGUAUCUGGAGCUGCACUGUCCAGCUGUAGCACCGUCUGUUGUGGUCACUUCAGAUAAUGGAAAAAACACGGUCAAUUUUGGUGAUGUUGCAAUAGGCCACAGAAGAAUUAAGCAAAUUACAAUACAAAAUAUCUCCCCAGAGCAGCUGGAACUCGGAUUCUCAAUUUUGAAUCCCAAUGGUCCCUUCCUGUUGGUCAGACCAGUUGGAACACUUCAUCCAGGGGAAGAUAAAACUCUUAUCAUCUCUUUUUGCCCAAAUGAGAAUAAAUGGUUUUUUGAAACAUUGGACAUCUGGACUGUAAAAACCAAUCUAACUCUAAGCAUCACUGGUCGCGGGGUGAUGCCAUCAAUUGCCUGCUCUGUGGAAGAAGUACUCAAUAUGGGAUAUGUCAUAGCCAAAGAGAAAGCAACUUCCACAUUCAAGAUACAGAACACUUCCGCACUGAACCUGAGAUACUCUAUACAACUGGAUUCACUUUCUUCAACAAAGGAAAAAGAUCAGCAGAGACUUCCCUCCUUCAUGACAUCCUCUUUGCAAAGAACAGACUUUGUUGGAACACAGAACUAUAAUGGUUUAAGUGUGUUCAGCAUCUUUCCAAUAGAAGGAGAAAUUCUUGCUGGGAAGAGCCAGGAUUUUAUUGUCACUUUCAGCCCUGACCAUGAAAGUCUAUACUAUUCUGACCGUCUCAAGGUUGUGCUCUUUGGCAAGGAAGUAGCCCAUGUGAUCCACUUAAAGGGUGCAGCAAGAUAUCAUCCAAUGUUUGUGGAAGGGGGAAUUCCACUUGAUGUGCCCAUAGAGUCUUUGGCUGUAACAUUACCUGUGUCAUCGCAGCAAGCAGCAAAAGGAGAGCUGCAAGAACCGGUAAAGUCCAUCCUCCUGGUCUUGGAGUACAUUGAGGGAGAGAGUUCUAUAGUGCCAGCAAUGACAGAACUGAAAGUUGGAGCUAUACGGACAGCUCAGUUUGCAUCCAAGAAGAAUGUGGAGUUCAGUUUUGAUAACCUGCCGCUUCUGCAGCAGAAGGGAUUCACCAUUGAAUCGGCAAAGGGAACAGUUGAACGUGGUCAAAUAAAAUGCAUCAGUGUUUCUUGGGUGCCACCUGCUGACUUUCAUGCAUCGCUCUGUUCUUCUGAGAAUAAUUGUGAGACCUAUGAUCGAUGCCCUCAGAACAUGUCUAAUUGGACAAGCCUGUGGUAUGUCUGGUUAAUCCUGCUGACUGUAUUCAUGCUCCUGCUCUGUGGGAUCACAGCAAGCUGUGUGAAAUUCUGCUGCCGGAAGAAGAGUCCUCCAGUUCAGACCUUCCCUAGGCACCCCUGUGAUUUGACUGUUAUUGACAAUGACAGCACUGCCCAUAGCACAGUGACCUCGUACAGCUCUUUGCAGUGCCCUCCAUGUGCCCCUAUUCCUUUGUCCUAUGUGGAUAUGGAUAGGAACAUUAUGUCCCCUCCAGCUUACAGUCUCUUUGCAAUGGAGUUGCCACCUUCCUAUGAUGAAGCUAUCCAAAUAGGUAAACAAUAUAUUGAGACAGCACUGGUAAGCCAGAAACUGAAUGACGUCGCUGGACAUGUGCUACCAGGCAGUGGGCUGAAUCCUAUCCAGUGUUCACUUUAUACAGUUAACAGAGAUCUUGCCACACAGCCAAAUUCUGAAAAUUCACAAGAUGCAGCACAAGAACAGUCUCAGCCUCAGCUCCAGCUCAUUUCAGGUGGAGAAUAAAAAGCAAGAAAAGGACUCUAAGAGCUAUAGAAGACACAGAGUUUGUUUUUUAUAGGCAUGUUACCAUGGAAAGAUGUUUCCUCUUGUGCCCUUGUAAUGAUCCGUCAGUUAGAAAUGUUGCCUGUGACUGCUGUAAUCUCUUGGUACAAGUUUCUUCAAGGAUAUGAAAUGAAAUAAAAUGGCAGCAGUUUAAGAAUGCUUGUAAAAGUAAGACAUGGAUGCUCGCUUGUUUCCUGAGGUUUGGAGAGAGAGAGAGAGGAAAAAAAAAAAAAAAUUCCUUGUGCCCAGCACAUAGCAAUACAAAAGGUCAGGGGAAUGCUGCCAUCUUAGGAACCCAAGAGCCAGAAUGUUACAAAGGGCAGACUGUUGUUCCAGAACAGGAACUUCCCAAAACUUGAGUUGAAAGUGGAAUCCUAGCAUGUCAAAGUGAAGAGUCUCUAUAGUUUGUCUCUUGUUUUGGGAAGGUUAAUUGUCCAGCAAAUUGCUGGAGCACUGAACUCGUUGCUAUGUAACGGCAAAUGUCCCUUAAAUGGAAGGAAAAUUGCAGACAAGGUCAUGGAAGUGUUUAUGGAGGGGAAGGCAUUAUGUUAUGUUGCACAACUAGAGACAAGGAAUGAGACAGAUAAGAGAUAUUAUUUUUGUUGGUCAUGAAACCUGAGAGAAUUGUUUCUAUGUUGUUUUAAUCUUUAGAAUUUCUCUUUUGAAGAUGAGCUGGCUUGUGGGUGGGAUCUUUUUCCUAAACUUUUUUGCCUGUUACAGAACAAAAUAGUCUCACAGACAGGUCUACACGUGGUUGAGUAUUAACAUGUUUCUAAUAUUCAUGCUCUUUGAUUGAUCCCGAUGGGUUUGAAAAUCAGCAUGAGCUGAAAAAUGUCAAAUGUUUUGGAAAGCCAAGAGCAUAAGUUCCAGAAAAUAAAAAUCUGGCACUGCAAUUUUAUCUAUAAUCAGAUUUCUAAUUUGUUGUUGCUGCUGCUUUUUAAUUAAAAGAAAAAUUCAAAACAAACCUCUUGGUAUUUCUCAGACUCUGUUAUUAAAUCUUUCAAUAACAAGAAGAAUACCCUUUAUGUU